UUUUGGUGCACCUCAUCGUCACGCUGGAUUUAUGACGUCAACACCCUGCCCUGCCCCUCCUCCUUUAUUUAUGAAGGCAUUGAGCACACGACAGCAACAAAAAACUUCUAUUGAAAGCAUACUAGGCUUGACUCUCAUAAGAAUACCUCGAUUUGAUCUUGCCAGCGAUAAAAGCGAUCUUUCUUCAAAGCAACAACACCAAACUUCCACUUCCACUUCCACUUCCACUUACACACAACCAACGGAUUUCCCCACGACCAAGACGAACCACUCGACAUCUCACGAGUGACACCAACCCUCAAACGCCCCAUCACACACGCACCACAAGCCUCACCUACAUCCAACAUGGCCCGCGGAGAAGCCAACCGCCUCAAGGUCCACUACAAGGGCACCAACGACGACGACUUCAUCGUCUUCCUGGACAGUUCCGAGGAUUACCAGAAGUGGCUGGGCGACAAGACGGUGCCGCUCGCCCAGGUCGUGUCGUCGUUCAAGGUGUUUACUACGCACAGGCAGGGCGCUCAAGGCUUGCUCGAGGGCGCGUCGAAUGCGAUGCUCGAGAACGAGUUCGGCACCUCCAAGGACGACGAGGCCGUGCUCCAAAUCCUGGAGAAGGGGAGCAUGCAGGAGUUUGAGAUGCAAGAGCGUCAAGGCCGCAAGAAUGACUCCAACGGGACCUACAUCACCCGCUAAGGAGGCGUGUGAAGCCUGGGGGUAGUCACGGCUGCGCACCCACCCCAAUCCCGGACCCUGAUCACAGACGAUCGGAAGUUUUGUUCUGCAUCAGGGCGCCGCAAAAAGGGUGACGGGUGAUUCAUCGAUCGGAUCGGAUAGCCGUGAAGGGGUUAUGUGGAUGACGCAGACGGGGCGGGAGUUUGAUAUGACAAGUCGGGGUCUCGAAUUCCUCCAGAGACGGAGUGCGAUCGGGAAGUCGGCCGGUCGAUGAGGCGGGCGAUCUUCGGUCGAUCCGGGCCUGUCUGGCCCCCCUUCGUGGGGCGGUAACUCUUUUUUUUCCAUAGUUGUAACACGACAUGAGUGCCUCCAUA